GGUGCGCUCCGCAGCAUGCUCGCGGGCUCCGCCGCUGAUCCGCAGAGCACGGCUGAUCGCAGCCGCCGUCUGGCUCGUCGCAGCCGCGCUCCAGAGCACAGGCCGGACAGAGCGUGUGCCGAGUGCUGGGUGGGAGGGGCCAGGUUCGUGGCCUUCUGAGCAGCGGGGGGGGUGCUCGUCAGAUGGCCAGGGCUUCUUAGAAGGCUCCACUGGGCGCGCCCGCGAGGCAUGGUCUGAUCAGCGGCGCUCUGAGUGCCCGCGCAGGGCCAGCUUCGCUACCUGCUCGCGGCACUUCAGGUAG